AUGACCAAGCUUACAACACACUUACUUCCACCAGAGCAAUAUGGGGGAAGACAAGGUUAUUGUGCUACUGAUGCUGUUUUGGAACUUGUCCAAAGAAUUGAAACCAGUAAAGAAAAAAUUUCAGCUAUGCUCAUUGAUAUUCAAGGAGCUUUUGAUAAUGUUAACAGAAAUAUAUUGGCAGACACAAUGGAGGAUAUGAAACUACCCAAAGCACUUAUAAACUGGACGUACCAAUUUAUGAGAAAGUGCAACUUACUUUUACCUAAUGGAGAACUUCGUGAACCCCAGAAGGAAGUUAAAUUGCUUGGAAUUACUUUGAACAAUCUGCUUGAUUUUAAAUCUCAUAUUUUGAAUAAAAUCAAUAAAGCAAGAAAAGCUGUUGGUGCUAUUUGGCAUCUUGGUGGCGUGCAAAAAGGUAUGCGAGGGUCUGCAGUCAGAUCACUGUAUAUUGCUUGCGUGAGACCAAUUGUCGAAUAUGGCUUAGAAAUUUGGCAUCACAAAAUUUUGAAAGGAGAAAUCCACAAGUUGGAAGUAAUGCAGAAUAUGGCUUUAAGAAGAAUUGUUGGUGCUUAUCGCACAACUCCUAUUGCGGUACUACAAAAGGAAGUUGGUAUUAUGCCAUAUAGUAUUAGGCUAAAAUUUAUGGUGGCACGAAAAGCUAUUCGUUUACACCUAAAUAUUAGCAAAACUAAUCCUAUUAAUGGUCAUUUGUUAACAUUGAUUGAGAAAUCUCCAAUUGCAAAGCUAACCACGCUUUACAUGUUGGCGAAAAGAUGA